AUGGCAGAACCUACAACCAAGCACGCAGGUGCUGAUGAUAUUGUCGAUGAUAUGAAAAGUUUAAGUCUUGGAACGUCGAGUCAUAUUUAUAAAAACAUUAUGUUAGUUGUUAAACUAGGUGAUGCGUCUUUAGUCUACUUAACUAGAGAGUUGAUUCAAUGGAUGUUAACUAAUUUUCCUAAAAUUACAAUUUACCUUCAAGAUGUUUUCGACGGUUCAAAAGAAUUAGAUGCCAAGGAGUUAAUUGCAGAUUGCAAAACUAGACAUGAAAGACUGCAAUAUUGGAGUGUCGGCUCCAUUAAGGAAGUACAUGAAAAUAUUGACUUGGUGAUAACUUUGGGGGGUGACGGCACUGUUUUGUUUGUAGCAGGCUUAUUCCAAAUGAAAGCUCCCCCAAUCAUGUCAUUUGCACUUGGGUCAUUGGGCUUCUUAACAACUUUUAACUUUGAAAAUUUCAAAAAAGAUCUAAAAACUGUCCUGAAUGGUGAGAACAGACUCAAUGUCAGGAUGAGAUUGUUUUGUAAACAUUUCACCAGAAAACCAAAUUCGGUAGACGAAGAAACUGGUGAAACUGUAUACACUUACGAGGUAGCAAGAGAAUACCAUGUUCUAAAUGAAGCUACUAUUGAUCGUGGUCCUUGUCCAUAUUUAUCUGAUAUUGAAAUAUACGGGGACGGUACAUUAUUUACAGAGGCACAAGGUGACGGUGUCAUUAUAGCAACCCCAACAGGUUCAACAGCAUACUCUUUAAGUGCAGGUGGGUCGUUAGUACACCCUCGUGUUAAUGCUAUUGCCAUCACUCCAAUUUGCCCAAAUACCUUAAGUUUCAGACCAAUCAUUUUACCUGAAGAUAUGGUACUACAAAUUAAGGUACCCGUUACAGCUAGAGGGACCGCUUGGGUUUGUCUUGAUGGCAAAGUAAAUUUCGAACUAGCAAAAGGUGAUUACGUCAUAAUGGCAGCUAGUCCAUUUCCAAUUCAAACAGUUGAAUCGUCGGCUGCUCAGUACAUCCAUAGCAUAAGAAGAACUUUGAAUUGGAAUAGAAGAAUGCCACAGAAAUCAUUCUCUGAUAUCCUUUCACCAAAAAAUAAAGUGAAAUAUGAUGAUUGUCAAAGGGCUAAGCUUCCAAUUGAUGUCGUUGACAAGAUAGAAGAUUAA